UGAAACAAAUCCGCCUGGGGUCUAGUGUCUAGAUUUGAGCUUGAAUUGAAUAACCCUGAUUUGAGCUCAAAUAGAUUUGGUGUUUCGAGGUGCCAUUUUGUCUUUCAGUGUCCUUAAGACUCCAUUUUGUGUGCCUUAAAAUUCCAGCCCUCGGAGCUUCUCUGCCGCUCCGGUUGGUUAGUUUGCACUGUGCAAUGAUUGACUGGCGACCACCCCUUGCUCCUUGGUUGGCUUGUUGUCAUUCACAUCCUGUGCUGCCAGGUCGAAUUGUGCCAGCAUUGGCUAGGGGGGAGGGACAAGGGAGGGAGGCAUUUGGAGACACUUUAAAGGAGUAAAUGCAAAGGACAGAGUGUCCCCUGAGUCAACCAUUGCUUCUUCCUCAUGGGAGAAGGGAUAAGAACCAACUGUGGCUGCUGCUGGCUCCAACUUCUGGCUUCUGGCUCUGGACGAUUCUUCUAGGAGGACUGACCAGCUGCUGCUGUUGGGGAAGAAACUGGAAGAAGAUUUGAUUCCUUCUGUGCUGGAAGAGAAGAAGAAGAUCCUUCUGUGGUUUUUUUCCCCCUUCCCUGCCCUGAAAUCACUGAGCACCCAGUGCCUGCCUGCCUGGUGUGCUGGAGAGAAGGGUCCUGUGGCCCAGCAGCCUUCUCCAUGGCUGCUAUUGAGUCUGUAGCUGAAAAGAGUGAAAGGUCUGGAUGUGCACUACUGAGAGAGUGAGACUCAAUGAGGGAGAAGACUUCUGAGGCAAUAAAAUGUACAACUGGUGAAGAGACAAUGAUUCAUCUCUCAACUCUUUCAUGAGCCUGAUGUAUUGGACAUCUGAUCCCUCUGUCUACACCUUUUUAUCUUGAUUAUCCACAAAUUAGAAUUACUACAUCAAACUACUACAGCAAACAUAAUACUGGGUUUGUAGGUGCACAUGGUGUGUGGAGGCUGAAACUAUAAAAUGAAGAAGGAUUUCUCAUCACUGACAAAAGCAAAUGUGAGGGAUGAGCAGGGGAAGAGAUGCUGAUGCUGCUGUUGAUGAUGAUGAUGAUGACGACGACGACGAUGAUGAUGACAGUUACGUGGCAUUGAUGGAAACAGUCAUCUGUAUUUGUACUCCCACCAUGGAGGAGGGCUGCCUCAGGUUCUGGGGAUGUGGUGAUGAAUAUGUCUCCUCCACCCAAUACUGGAGAAGUUCUAAUCUGCUGAAGACAGCACAGAGGACACCAAGUAUAGAAGAAGAAGAAGAAGAAGAAGAAGAAGAAGAAGAAGAAGAAGAAGAAGAAGAAGAAGAAGAAGAAGAAGAAGAAGAAUUCCGAAAUUCCAACUGCAUUUAAACAAAGGUCCUUUUAUAGACUGUUAUUAACAAACAUUUAAUACAGGUCUCUUUCAUUUCUCAUCUUCCCUUGUGUUACUGUCAUCACAUUUAUUUCACAUAUUUGAUUGCAUUUCUUGGGGUGUGUGAAGGAAUGACCCCAUCCCACUUUUCUUUAUGGUUUUAAAUUUGUUUUGUACUUGCCUUGUUCUAUGUCCACCCUAUCCACAAGACCUACCCGGCAGACAGGUGGGCAGGGGAACAUAGGAACAUAGGAAACUGCCAUAUACUGAGUCAGACCAUUGCUCUAUCUAGCUCAGUAUUGUCUUCACAGACUGGCAGUGGCUUCUCCAAGGUUGCAAGCAGGAAUCUCUUUCAGCCCUAUCUUGGUGAAGCCAGGGAGGGAACUUGAAACCUUCUGCUCUUCCCAGAGCGGCUUCAUCCCUUGAGGGGAAUAUCUUGCAGUCCUCACACAUCAAGUCUCCCAUUCAUAUGCAACCAGGGCAGACCCUUCUUAGCUAUGGGGACAAGUCAUGCUUGCUACCACAAGACCAGCUCUCCUCUCCCAUAACUAAGGUUGUGCAAACCUGUGCUUCUCCCCAGAUGUUAAUUAAAAAUGGGGUGGGAGCACAGACUGUCCUUCCAGACAAUUGGGCUCCAGAGGGCCAGGAUGACACAUCCUGGCCUUGUGGAAUCCCACAAUGCCAAGCACGGUGCAUUGGGAUGGGUGCUCUAGGAACUCAUUUCUGUGUCUCCUCGGGCUGCGUUCUUGCAACCAGAAGUGUACCCUGUCCUGACUGACAGGCUAGUGCUCAACCAAUCAGCUACCAGUUGGAUGGGACCUAGAGGACCAUGAGGCAGAAAGAGAAGGGUUUCUUUGUUAAGUUGAAGCUAGGCUGAGGUUUCAGCAAGAUGUGUGGCCAUGGAGUUUGGCUGCAGAAACAACUGCAGAUCCUUAAGAGACAGGAUGGCAGAAAGCUUAAUUCUCGUACGGUGAUGGGUGAAUUCAAGGGAGAAGGAAGCCAGGGCUUUUUGGCUUCUGGAAGUUUAGCCAAGGAAACAGUUUGUUAGUCAGUUUGCAUUAGACUUUUAUUUUUCGUCUGUGUGCUCUGUAUAUCCUUUCAACUGGUCUAGGACUGUGUAUCUGUAAUGUAACUAAGCUAAGAAACAAUAACCUACAUCUGUCCAUCCAGGGCACUGCAAAAGACUCUGUAAACUUGAAGAUGCUUUUGUAUUUUCCUGCAUCCUUGUCUAUCCUUACAACUGAGGUGAUUUUUGAAGUAU